AUGGCAACCGCAGAGACCGUCCAACUCGGCCCCAUUCAUGCACCAAAAGAAGAUAGUAUCAUUGCUUUCAAUAAGAUCGGAACCGAACUCAAGAAGAAACUUCAACAUCUCCGCCAUGAAACCAACAAACACGAGCCUCAAUACUUCGCCCCCAUCUCCCAUCUUUCAGACCACACCCUGACCUCCUUCGAUUCCUCCUCCUUGAAAUCCGUCCGCGUCGCUACUAGCGCAUAUGGUCUCCACCUCCUAGGCAAAGUUCUCCUACCUGGAACCGAGGACAAAUACUUCAUGUUCCGUGCUUUCAUUGUAGGCGAUUCUGAUACCGCGAAACUUCAUUGUAUACACAUGGAGGAGACGGAUGUUGGAGGUGAGGAGGGAAAGAUGUUUAGGGCGAUUUUUAGAGAGAGUGAUGAAUUGACAUGGUUUGAUGAGUAG